AUGGAGGUUUCGCAGGCGGAGGAACAUCCAGAUCCUCACGAAAGAGACACCUCAAAGAAGUCUACCAUGUCCGAGAAGAAAAUACGAGAUGGUAAUAGACCUAAUAAACAUUUCAGCAAAAUUGGUUGGAAAAAUCUACAAAAAAAAUUUAGAGAGAGAACAGGACUCCUAUAUGUACAUAGACAACUAAGAAAUAGAUGGGAUGCUCUUAAGUCUUAUUUUCAAUUAUGGGCUAAAUUAGUUGGACAAGAGACUGGUCUUGGUUGGGAUCAUGAGAAAAAAACAGUGUUAGCUUCUGAAUCUUGGUGGACUGAUAAGAUUAAGAUUAAUCCAGAAUUCGCUAAGUUUAAGAAUGAAGGUCCUAAAUCUUUAGAUAGGCUUGAACAAUGUUUCAAGGACAUCGUAGCUACUGGUUAUAGUGCUUGGGCGCCAUCAGAAGAUCCAAAUCCUGGAGAAUUUAAUCAGAACAAUGAGGGUUUCGAGAGUGGAGGUGACAUGAAUUAUACAAAUGAAUUUAUUGAAGAAGAUAUUGCAAAUUAUACAGUUGUUCAAAGCCCUACUAGAGAGAAAAGAAGGAAGACUUCUAACAAAAAAGUUGAGAAACGAGCUGGAAUAGCAUCUAGAUUACAGGACUCACUUGAUCGUAUUUUGGUUGGUGUGGAGUCAAAAGCUGCAACUAAGGGAGAUGAUCCUUACUCUAUAGAAAAUUGCAUCAAGUUGCUACGCAAAUUACCUGGUCUAGAACCAUAUAGUCCACAGUUCUAUUUGGGAAUUAGAUUAAUGGCUAAGCCACAAUAUAGAGAAACUUUCAUUGCAUUGAGUGAUGAUCCCAAUCAACAACUUGGAUGGCUAGAAUCUUUUAAAUUGGAUGACAUGAACCGUCUUUAA